CCAAUAGACCAGUCGAGAACACGCCGUCUGCGUCGGCGCACGUAUAAUAUUAACGAAACAACAAAAAUUAUAAUUACUUCAUUCAAUAUCAUUACAAUCAAUUCGGUAUCCAUCAGCUGGCAUCAUACAUAAAAAUAUCAUCAAGUAGGCUGUAGGCGAGCCGCUUUGUUUGUGUAAAACGGAGUUUUUGUUUUAUAAAAAGUGUUUUAUAGCCGCCGUUUGAGUGAAAUCAAGUGUUUAUAAGGAUGUCGACCCUGCUGUUUUGGCAGGGUAAGGGAAAGACCAACGGCGCCAACGGCCGAAACUGGAUUCAUGCCCCAGACGCCCUCGUCAAAGGACACGUCGCAUAUCUAGUUAAAUUCCUCGGCUGCACACAGGUGGACCAACCCAAGGGCAUCGAGGUUGUCAAGGACGCGAUUAAAAAGUUGCAAUUCACGCAACAAUUAAAAAAAUCCGAAACAAAGGAUGCGGCGAAAUGCAAGAAAGUCGAGAUAACCGUAUCAGUCGACGGCGUCGCUAUACAGGAGCCGAGAACAAACAAUGUGAUGUACCAGUUCCCACUGCAUCGGAUAUCAUACUGCGCUGAUGACAAAGGAGCUAAGAAGUACUUCUCAUUUAUAGCUAAAGGUGGCAGCACCGUCAACGGGGUCAAUGGUCACGAUACAACGGAGAAACAUGAAUGUUUUGUGUUUAUAUCAACUAAACUGGCCUCGGAGAUAACACUCACUAUAGGGCAGGCAUUCGACUUGGCUUAUAGGCGGUUUUUGAACGAUAAUGGGAAAUACAUCGAAAUGCAAAAACUGACCUUACAGAACAAGAAGCUCGAAAUGCAAAUGAACGCUUACAAGAAUCGCUUACAGGAGUUAUCAAAAAUAACGUACAAGGAUGACCUCUCGUCCUACCUCAGCCGUCACAAUCUCUCGGACAUCACAGAGUUCAAGUGUCCAGAACUAGACGCUCAACUGACGGCCAUCAAUACAACAUUAGCUAAUGGGAAGACGGACACCGGUGAUGCCACGUCCACUAACUCAGCGGACACAUUCAGUUCCAAUGACAACAACCUACUGCUGUCAACACCACCACCAACACACAACGGUAGAAACAAUACUGGUAAACUGCUUGGAGAUCUGACAAAUAAGAAUCCAGUUGUCGGUACGAAGUUGGAAGGACUGCUUCUACACUCGGACUCUGAUAGUGAUUUCGACCCGCGCGCUUUCGAGUCGGAGCCGAGCCCGCGAUGCCCGGUCACAGCGCCGCCGCUCUUGGCGCCACCACCGAAAGCUUCCAAACGACCACAACCACAACCACAGCCGCAGCCACAGCCACAGCCACAACCACAGAACGGCAGCGACCUAUUCGGUUCAUCACCGUUCACACCACAACAAUCACCCAACCAGCAGUUCCAAACGAGCAAACCCAACUAUGACAUCAGCGACUUCAACCUACAGAACUCCGUUUUCAACAACACGUUCACCAACGGCCUCACCAGCUACGACCCCUUCGUCACACAGAACACAUCAAACAUAUUUGGCAACCUCAACAACAGCUUCAACGGCUUCGGCAACCUCAGUGACAAACAGACGGUCGAACUGAACAGCAACUUUAAUGGUUUCCUCGAUAAGACCAUAUCUGAAAUGAAGGACGGCUUUAGCCGAGGGAUAAGUUUUGGUAACGACGACUUCUCAAUAGACAAUUUGGAUCCAUUGAAGAAAAAUUAAGAAGGAAUAUUAUAAUUAUUAUAACUUGUAUAAACAAUAAACGAAUGCAAUAUUUUUUUUUUUAGCGAAAGACGUAAUGUUGCCAUGUUGGUUACAAAAAUACGUGAUAGUAGAAAUAUAGAAUCUCGGAAUUUAAUGACAAUAUAUAUAUAUUAUUUUUUUUCGAUACCGGAAGUGCCUUUUUGAAAACAAAAAUAUUUGAAGCCUCAAAUUAUUCUGUGAUAAUUCUUAUAAAAAUAUUGAGGUACUUCAAAUUAUGUAUAUAAUAUUGGGGCUCGCUAUACAUUCCAUUUUAUAAUAUAACUCUAUACUAAGCUGUAUUUGUAUAGUCUUGUAGAAUAUAAUCUGUUGUAUCUUAGUCUUAUUUUCCGAUGUUAUUUUAAUGAAGAUAUACUUUUUUGUGUAUUUUGCUGUAAUAAAAAAAUAAUAAAAA